UCUUCUUAACUGAACCCUAGCGCAAAUCAAUCGUCUGAACCACCGAAUUAGGAAAUGGCGAAGUCGAAGAAUCACACCGCUCACAAUCAAUCUUACAAAGCACACAAGAAUGGCAUCAAAAAGCCAAAGAGGCAUCGCCACACUUCAACCAAAGGGAUGGAUCCAAAGUUUUUGAGGAACCAGAGGUACGCAAGGAAGCACAACAAGAAAAGUGGAGAAAUCGCUUCCGAGUAAAGUGUCGAUCUGUAAUGGCCUUUUGUAUUUUCAUCCAAUAUUUGUCUUUGAACUAUAGAUUUUAUGUUAAAUCUAUACUCUGAUAUUGUUUUCAAGGUUUUUUAAUUCAGAGGAAUUGUAGUACUCAGCAUUUUUGCUCUAUUUUAAUUGCUCACAUUCAAUCA